AUGCCAACCACCCCUAAGCAAAUCUUACAUGUCGUCACCAACACGGCGCAUUACGACGACCCAUCUCACCCGACCGGCUUAUGGUUAUCUGAACUUACGCACGCCUGGCACGUCUUUGAGGAGCACGGGUUCGAGCAAACCAUCACUGCGAAAGCGUGGAAGGCCGAUCCGGCACGCAUGUCACUGCUGGAGAACACUGCCAGGCCUGACCAGCUUAACUCGGCCGAUUUCGAUGCUAUCUACUUCACUGGCGGGCAUGGAGUGAUGUACGAUUUUCUCGACGACCAGGGCUUACAGCAGAUCACCCGUGAGAUCUUCGAGCGGGGUGGUAUUGUCUCCUCUGUUUGCCACGGAUACUGCGGCCUGCUGAAUACUAGACUGUCCGAUGGUUCGUACCUGGUCGCUGGGCGCAAUAUGACUGGAUUCACCUGGCGGGAGGAGGUGCUUGCUCGUGUGAACAAGCUCGUGCCCUAUAAUGCAGAAGAAGAGGUGAAGAAACGAGGCGCGAAGUAUAAAAAGGCUGUACUGCCCUUUGUUUCCUACACUGUGGUGGAUGCCAAUCUGGUGACCGGACAGAACCCGGGGUCGGCGAAGGAGACCGCGGAGAAGGUCGUCGCCGCUCUCAGCCAGCAAUGA